AUGGCGUCUGACAGAGACAUCCUCCCGGACACGAUCAAGCCGUUCAACUAUGCCAUUUCCCUCUAUGAUUUGGAGUUCGGUGGAGCCUUCGGCUAUCAGGGCACCGUCACCGUCUCUGCUGAGAUUCGGAAGGGCACCAAGGAUGUUGUGCUUAACUCCUGCCAACUGAAGAUUCACGAGGCUACGGUCACCACAGAGCACACCAAGACGCAGCAGUCUAUCAAGUCGUCUAAGAUUUCCUACGAUGAACCAUCUCAACGUGCUACCAUUGCCUUUGACGAAGAGCUGCCCGUUUCCUCCAAGGCGGAGAUCACCAUCAAGUUCCAGGGCACCAUUAACAACCUCAUGGCGGGCUUCUACCGUUCCAAGUACAAGCCGGCUACUACCCCGGCAGCAUCCGUAGCAAAGGAUGAUGAGCAUCACUACAUGUUCAGUACGCAGUUUGAGUCCUGCGAUGCUCGUAGGGCUUUCCCUUGCUUUGAUGAGCCCAACCUCAAGGCUACUUUCGAUUUUGAAAUCGAAAUCCCCGAGGACCAAGUUGCGUUGAGCAACAUGCCGGAAAAGGAAACCAAGAAGGCCUCCAAGGCCGGCUUCAAAGUCGUCAGCUUUGAGAAGACUCCUGUCAUGAGCACUUACCUUCUGGCUUGGGCAGUUGGUGAUUUUGAGUACGUCGAGGAUUUCACUCGUAGGAAGUACAACGGCAAGAACCUGCCGGUCCGUGUCUACACCACUAGAGGUCUCAAAGAGCAGGGUCGCUGGGCUCUUGAUCAUGCACACAAGACUGUGGACUAUUUCUCUGAGAUCUUCCGCAUCGAAUACCCGCUCCCGAAAGUUGAUCUCAUUGCCGUUCAUGAAUUUUCUCACGGCGCAAUGGAGAACUGGGGUCUCAUCACAUACAGGACCACCGCGGUUUUGUUCGAUCAGGCGCACUCGGAUCAGAGAUACAAGAACAGAGUGGCGUAUGUUGUCGCUCACGAGCUUGCUCAUCAAUGGUUUGGUAACCUUGUCACUAUGGAUUGGUGGAGCGAGCUUUGGCUUAACGAGGGCUUCGCCACUUGGGUUGGCUGGCUCGCGGUUGAUCACCUGCACCCAGAAUGGAACGUCUGGGGCCAGUUCUGCAGCGAAUCGUUGCAAACAGCCUUCUCUCUUGAUUCCCUUCGCAACUCUCAUCCUAUUGAGGUGCCUGUCAAAGAUGCCCUGGAGGUUGACCAAAUCUUCGAUGCCAUUAGCUACCUGAAGGGUAGCUCGGUCAUCCGUAUGUUGAGCGCUCACCUAGGCGUUGAGACGUUCUUGCUUGGUGUAGCCAAGUACCUGCAAAAGCACAAGUACGGCAAUGCCACUACUAACGACCUUUGGACCGCACUGAGCGAGGCCUCGGGCCAAGACGUCAACGCUUUCAUGGACCCGUGGAUCCGUAAGAUCGGAUUCCCUGUGGUGACGGUUGCUGAGGAGCCUGGCCAGAUCACCGUGCAGCAGCGUCGCUUCCUGCUCACCGGGGACGUCAAGCCGCAGGAAGACGAGACUACCUGGUGGGUGCCUCUUGGUCUCAACUCGGGCUCGCAGAAUGCUAGCAAGAGCGCUGGUGCUCUCACGACCAAGGAAGAUACGAUUCGUGAUGUUGACGACAGCUUCUACAAGCUGAACGUCAACCAGACGGGCUUCUACCGUACCAACUAUCCUCCCAACAGACUCAUGGCCCUCGGCGCGGCCAAGGAAAAGCUCAGCAUUGAGGAUCGCAUUGGCCUCGUUGGCGACGCCGCUGCCUUGGCCCAGUCGGGUGAUGCCACCACUGCAGGAUUCCUUGCGCUCAUCGAGGGCUUCCAAAGCGAGCGCGAGUACAUCGUCUGGCAGCAGAUCCUCAUCGCUUUGGGCAACAUCCGAUCGAUCUUCUCCGAGGAUGAUGAGAUCUCCAAGGGUCUCAAGCUUCUCGCCCGUAAGCUCGUGACGCCUGCUACCGAAGAGAUCGGAUGGGAGUACGCAGACAAUGAAGACUAUCUCACCGGACAACUCCGCGCUCUGCUCAUAUCAGCCGCUGGUUUGGCCGGUCACGAAGGUGUCAUCAAAGAGGCCCAGCGUCGCUUCGCCGCGUACCAAAGCGGGGACAAGUCGGCCAUCCACCCCUCUCUCCGUAGCGCCAUCUUCCGCAUUGUCGUGACCGAGGGCGGACAGGAGGCGUUCGAGGCCAUCAAGCAGGAGUUCCUGACGACGACGUCGAUUGACGGCAAGGAGAUCUGCCUGCAGUCGCUUGGUCGGGUGCAGACGGCGGAGCUGGCCAAGACUUACCUCGACUUUUUGUUUUCGCCGGCGGUGCAGGUGCAGGACAUGCACAGCGGGGCCAGCUCGCUGGCGGCCAACUCGAAGACGCGGCACGCGCUGUGGGCGUACAUCAAGGCCAACUGGGACAGCAAGGUGUACCCGGAGCUGAAGGGCAACAUGGUGGUGCUGGAGCGGUUCGUCAAGCUGUCGCUGUCCAAGUUUGCCAGUCACGAAGUAGCGGCCGACGUCGGGUCUUUCUUCGCCAACAAGGACUGCAAGGGGUUCGACCGGGCCUUGGCGCAGUCGAACGACAUCAUGACGGGUGGUGCGAAGUACCGCGAGAGGGACAGCGGGGUGGUGAAGGAGUGGCUUGGGGCUCACGGGUACCUCUGA